AUGUCAACACCAACCACUAAACCAAAGUCGAAAUGGCAAGAGUUGAUUCUCGAUGGCAUCGACGGUCACAUGACAAUGACUUCGCUCGAUGAAUCGUUGUUUGUCAAUCGAUGUUUCGAAGGUGAUCUCGUCAUUGAAUUUGGCGAGGUCUCGCCAGAGCAACGACGCACUAUCGAACAGGUGGUCGACUCGAUCAACCAGCUCAUCGGAAAAUUCAAACCGACUCGUUCAUCCUACUCGUAUGCACAUCAGAAGCUUUUCGACGAGCUGCUACCACUGCUCCGUGAAGCGAACUUCACCGAGUUCCAAAUCGAUCAGAUUCGUCUUCAUCCAAAGUCACUGGCACUACUGCUGUGCAACAAACAAAUUGAAGAUCCAUACCAACACGAUAUUCCAGCGUUGAUCGUCAACAACUUUACUCGUGAAGCGCUACAGACCAUCGGUAGUAUAAUGUCUUCGAGAUAUCUCUAUAGUAGUUUCGACUUUGCUGAAUAUAUGGAUAUGGAUAGAAAUGGAUUCAUAUUCAAAGCAUUAAGAAAAUAUUUAAUUCAUUCUAAUUUAAUUAUUCCUGGAAAGAAUAGCCAUAUCACUGGUCAAUUGAUUGUAAAUCUUUCCAGAUAUCUAAAGAACAACGAUUUGGAGAUGUACAUCAUCGAUAUGACCAGACACUUGCAAGUCAGAACUAAAAGAUAUAUUUAUGGCAAAGAACUUAGAAUAGAGGAACAAUACUUUAAAUGUAAUGAAGAAGCAGAUGCCAAUGAAAAGUUCAAAAGUCUCUACAAAGAGUUGACCAACAAAGACUAUAAACCAAACGAUAUAUUCCCACCAAGUGAAAACAAUGAAUUCUUUGGUCAUUUCGAAGCGAUCACCGAGAAGAGAUAUCGUAUUCCAACAUUGAAACAAAUUGGUUUCUCUGUAUUAUCUGAAAUGUUUUUAAUUAAUAAAACAGAUUUCAUGGAAAAGAUAAAUCAUCUUACUUUGGAUACUCUAAGAGAUUUCUUAAUCUAUUGUUUCCAAAAUCAGAAACCAGUUGGUGGUGAAAUCGCUAUGUUCUUACUUGGCAAGCUUAAGAGUAGUCACUCCGAGGAGUCGUUGGAAGAGUUGUUCCCAUUCCAACCGUUUAUUGAAUCAGUGUUUAAUAGACAUCGUUGGUUCUACAGAAGUAUGAUUGGUGAUGUUCCACAAAGUUUAAUUAGACCACCUUAUGACGCCAAUCUCUUGAUCAACGUCUAUGAGAAUCGUGAUCUCUUCAAACCAAAACAACUUCCAGAAGCAAACUUGUUGUUCUCUCAAAAGGUUUCACCAAAUCCACUCGUUCUCCAAGACAAAAAGACUUUCCUCGAUAACCUUAAGAAGAAUACCGAUGGAUUCUUUGAGAGUUUAGAUAUGAGCAAUAUGGUUAUCAUUGGUGGAAUCAUGACGAGUUCACUCUCGGGUGAAACCGCUGGAUUCGAAUCAUCGGAUAUCGAUGUUUGUUUCUAUGGAUUGUCAGAGACUGACAUUACUGCCAGAAUUGUCAAGAUAGUCGAGCACAUCAAUGCAAACUACACCGGUCACAGUAUUACCUAUAGUGACAAUGAAAUUACAUUCUGUCGUCACUAUCCUUAUCGUCACAUCCAAUUCAACUGUACUCUUUUCAAUAAUAUUCAAGAUGUUUUGUUGGGUGUCGAUAUUGAAGCAUCUUGUUUCGCCUUUGACGGAACCAAUGUCUGGACAACACAACGUGGUAUCGAAGCAUUCAACUAUCGCACCAAUUUCGCGUCACCCUACGGAUUUGUGAUUCGUGGUGACCAGAUCUACCAACGUCGUCUUCUCAAGUACUUGGAACGUGGAUUCAACAUUGCCUACCUGCCAAACGAUAAGCUCGCAGAGAGUGUCAAAAUGAUGAACAACGAAAAGAAACGAUCGAACGGUAUCGAACUACUCUUCAAAGCGAGAAACAAUCCCGAGGUAUUCAAGUCUCUCUUGGAAAGAAACAAACUUGGUGGUCUGCCCUACGGACCAACCAUCACCAAAGAAAUCUUUAACAAAAAGGUUGCCAACAAUCACGAUAACAACUACGAUGGUUACAAUUCAAGUGAUUGGCCACAGGUAUUGGAGGGCAUCGAUGAUUUGGAAUACUUUACACCUGCACUAAACGGUGAUAACGGCGUCUACCUCAGUUCAUCGUUCUAUCAGUUCCUGUUUGUUGGCACAGAGGAACCCGAUCAUGAUUUCAAUGAAGAUUUCCUUUUUGAAAAUGAUGAAGCAGGUGGAGCAGGAGCUAACGACGACGGUGAUGACGACGAUGAAGAUGAAGUUGAAGUUGAAGAUGUAGAUGAAUAUCUGGAUGGUGAUAGUAACGAAGAUAUGGAGGAGGACAGUGAUGAAAGCAAUGAAAUGGCAGUGGAUAAUCCCAAUCCUGGUCAAAAUAUGUUUUCGGUUUUAGAUGACAAUAAUUGA